GCCCGCCGCCGGCCGCCGCACAGCUCGCGUCACUCGGCUAAGGAUAUGGAGCACUUCAUCGAGGCCGUGCGCCGCUACCCCUGCCUCUGGGACACCGCCGCGCCCGAGUACCGCGAUCAGGAGCUGAAGGACGCCGCCUGGGCCGAACUCGUCAAGGAGACCGACCUCACUUCUGUAAAAGAAGUAAAGCUCAAGUGGAAGAAGCUGCGUGACAGCUACCGCGAUGCGCUGAAGCGUCAGAGCGAAGUCGCGGCGGGCGGCAAGCGUGGCAGCGCCUGGAAGUACACCCACCUCAUGCACUUCCUGCAGCCGCACAUGAACGCCCGCAAAAAGCCGCCCUUCCCGCAGGCGGCACCGCGCGAGCCCAGCGCCGAGGUCGGCGAGGGUGAGCGCGUCAACGGUCACGAGGGGAGCGAAGACAGCUGCUCGUCGCGGUCGUCGACGCCCAGGCGGCGGCGCACCCGCCCCGCGCCCGUCAAGCGGCCUCUGUCACCGCGACACCUCGAGCUGCCAGACCCGCUCGACAUCUUUUUCAACAGCAUGUGCCAGUCCACCAAACGGCUCCCGUACCCGGCGCAAAUAAGGAUAAAAAAAGCGUUAUUCGCGGCCGUGAUAGAAGCGGAGGAGGGGCUGCUGGCGGAACAGCAGAACUAUGCGGCCUUGUGGGCGCGCGGAGCCGCUUCCACCUCGGGCAGCGAGCCCGCCGGGCAGCACGACGACGUCAAGCCUUACCCCUGAAAGUCUCGUUUGGGUCGUCGGUGAUCAACGAACAUUGUAACUAAGAUUUAUAAGGAUAUUUUAAACUUUUAAACCGCUAUCCGGUCGACCGGAUUACUUACAGUAAAAUUCAACUCUACAAAAAUUCUCUUGGGACAGUUGUAAUGUUGGAAUCGAGUUCAUAUUGUUUUUCAAGCUUUUUUUAAUGCAAACCUUUUUGACAUAUCAAACUAAUAUCGUAAAAAUCAAGAGUAUCCAGCUAACCUAUAAGUAAAAAAUUCAUGUCAAUAAUAUUAUAAUAUAUGUAAAAGUGACUACUUCCUGACACCUGAAUGUAAGUACAAACAUCAACUGAUCGGAAAUAUUCUAUGAAUCAAGCUGCUGUUGUGGUCAGUUAAAAGGCACAAAAGUGUGCCUUUUGUGCCCCCGAAACCCUUCCGGGAUCCUUCGAUACAAAGCAUUUUCUUAAUUCUAUCAAGAUUUGCACCAUAACACCUAAACAUAUUUACUUUCCUCUUAACUCGCUACUUGAGCGAGUCACUGACUCAUUCCAACAGCUACAGCUGGGAUGCGAAUGGUGCCUCCAUGGCCAUGCACAUUGUAGUAGGUACGCCCCGGAGACCACGAAGUCUGUUGUGCUUUCGACAUACUCUAGAAGUGAUGAUCUUAGCCCAAAUUAGUUCUAGAAUAAACUUUACCCACCCUCUCCUAACACACUUUAAUCCACGCGUUCGAAAGUUUCUCAAAUGCUGUAUAGCUAAAAGCUAUUGAUGCUCAAUUAGGAAAAACUGAUGCUUAUUUUAUAAUUUAAUUAUUAUGAAAUAUUGAGGAAAUCCGAUUUAGGUAUAAUUAUAAUGUUGCGGUGAUGUCAAUCUGAUAACCACUUGUCAAAAUAAUUAAUUAUUGUAAUUUAGAGAUUAGCCGAAACUGUGCUUCUGACCAAAUAUAACAGUGUAUUCUAAAAUAAAACUUUUAAUUUAGUUAUUAAUAAGAAAAUACCUAUUGUUUAUAGUUAGCGAUUAUUUUGAUUUCACAUCAGAAACCACCGUUCGAAUUACUAAUAGAUGGUGUGUUUCCUAAGGAACACUUAAGUGUAUAAUUCAUUAGGAUUUAAUGUAAAUUUACUGAAAUAUAACGAUUAUUGGCGAGGAGGUCCCAAAAACUCUUGCCAAAAUCCACGAAAUUUAUAUUCUUAUUUAAAUGUACCUGCCCAUACCUUUCUACGCGUAAUUUUAAGUACAUACGUGUACUAGAUUGAUAACUUAUUAAAAUGCUAUGAUUACAUUCAUUAUGCCUCCUGCUGAUAGAGGACAAAUGUUUGUUAUUUUUUUAUUAUUAUCAUUAAUUACUUAAGAUGU